CUAAUACCAAUACAAAGUGCAGUUCUAUCGCUUUUUAUGAACAGAAUGAAAAAGGCUGACGUGUCUUUGCAAGGCUGAUGAAUAUCAUGCGCUACUGCACAGGCCGGGCAGGGGGAUGCUUAUUUGUUGUUGUUUUUUCUACUACUUCUUGGAAGAAAAUCCUUGUAAACUGUGCUGCUAGGAGCAGUAGUACCUGCCACCACGACUGGCUAGUGUCUCGGCGUGCCGUCGAAUCCGUCCGCGGAGAGAAAAAUCACGAUGAUCAAAUUGCGACUGUGGACCAGGAAGGGUUUCUUGCUGAGUUGGCGCCACUACAGCUACUAUGCAGUACUGCCACUGCCGGCACCGAGUGCUACCUCUCUGCUCGUACGAUUGGCAGUUCUCGUACUACUUGUCCGUGCUGGCAGCGGUCUUGGCGAAUGCAGACUGUCGGCCAGGGGGGGCAAAGGAAGAAGGUCGACAGAGCCGAACCGAGCUGAGCUGGAUUUCAAAAUGGACGAGUCAAUAAUUCGGAGUAGGGAUGCUUGGAGAGGCCGAUGUGAGUCAGGGGCCGGGCUCUGAGAUGCAAGGGAGGGGCACAGAGAGAGACAAAGAUACACAACAUAUCGGCCAAGAAGGGAGAAACAGAAGAAAAGAAGGCUAGACGAAUAUUGGAUGAGAAUGGCGACAAGAAAGGCGGCAGUAUAAGUCGUUAGAUGGCGGUGAAGUGCCGGUUUUUA